CAACUCCUUUCCCUGAUGCGAUAUAUAGCAUCCUUUUUUUUGUUUGUUUACAGUGUAAAUUCUUUAAAGAUUCCAAAAAUACACCUCGUCUCUAGAAUGAUGUCAAUGACAGGAUGUCAAUGUAGAGGUGGGGCGUGGUUGAUCUGUUACAAUAUCUUUGUCAAUUUUUUUUUUUUUUAAUUGGUACAGUUAAUUGUCUAUUAAUUGCAAACCCAUAGAAGCAUAAUUGAUAUCUUCGGUGAAAUACACAACAAGAGGGAAUAUGCUGAAAACGAAUGGAACUGAGAGCUGGAAGUAUAAACAUCGAUCUCUUUCUAAUACAGUAUUACCUCUUGCAGAUAAAUGAUAAUAGUAUUGUAAUUAUUGUUAGAUAAAGCUCAUCACAUAUAUGCCAUCACUAGUUUAUUAAAGAGAUGUUGUGAUGGAAGCAAUUUGGAUAUAUCAGUUCAGGCUGAUAAUCAUUGGGGACUCGACAGUGGGGAAGUCGUGUUUACUGCGUCGCUUUACUGAAGGGAAAUUUGCAGAUUUCUCAGACCCCACGGUCGGUGUGGAUUUCUUUGCCCGGCUGGUAGAGAUUGAACCAGGGAAACGAAUCAAACUACAGCUCUGGGAUACCGCGGGCCAGGAGAGAUUCAGGUCGAUAACACGCUCCUACUACCGUAACUCAGUCGGUGGGCUGUUGGUGUUUGACCUAACCAACCGCAGGUCUUUUCAGCAAGUAAAGAAUUGGUUAGAUGAAGCCAAGAUGCACGUGCAACCUUUCCAAAUCGUGCUCAUGUUGGUAGGGCAUAAAUGUGACCUUGGUCUCCAGCGUCAAGUGACGAGGGAAGAAGCUGAAAAGCUGGCCUUGGCCUGUGGUAUGAAAUACAUUGAGGCUUCCGCCAAAGACGCCAUCAAUGUAGAGGAGUCUUUCACCAUUCUCACCAGAGAUAUCUAUGAGCUGGUGAAGAGAGGUGAGAUAAAUAUUCAAGAAAACUGGGAGGGAGUGAAGAGUGGCUUCAUUCCAAAUGUUGUCCAUUCUUCAGAAGAGGCUGUGAAACCUGGACGGCGAUGCCCUUGUUAAGUUGCUGUUGGGGAAGAAAUGCCACUCCGCCAACAGCAAGAGCUACGUGCAUUGUGAAGAGUGCUACCAAGCACAUUGCUAUUCAGAUAUAUAAUACAAAUAAAUAACACAUGUUUUUUUAAGAUGUAAAAGAUGCAUUGCUCUGUGGAGUUUUCCAAUAUUGCUCUCCAACACAGUAUAAUAUAGCCCUACUGUAUCAUUGGUUAUCUAAUCCAUACAAUGAGUGAUGGUUCAAAAUGUGUAGAUUCAGUAGCAUAAUAUUCUGCUAUAUAUAGAUUACCAUAAUAGUGCUUGUGCAACUGAUUUUGUUAGAGGAGUUAAAACAAAACAUACAAAUUGCACGUAAAAACAGGGCUGGUUUAGCCAGUCAUUUCUAUGUACAUUUUGUAAAUAUAUGAAGGAAAGCUGCCUGAAUGCACAUAGCAGUAUUUUGUAAUGGGAGGCAAGUGCACAUUAUAAAGUAAUUGCCUUACCACAUCAAAGAAAGUUUUGCAGCUGAAAUGUGCCUCAUUAGUGCAAUCAAGCUUUAAAAGCAUGAGAAGUCUGUUGCCAUGUCAAGUACGGUAAUGGAUUAGUGAAAUAAAGUAGGAAGGUUUCUAGAUAGUAAGUUGCAUUUCUUGCAAUUCGUGUUAAUGGGAGCUGGUUUCAGUUUUUGAAAGUGUGAAGUCACAGGCACAUUUUCUGAGAGGAAUAAAAAAAACAUUUUGUAAUGGUACAAAACUAGCAAAACUCAAAUGUAUGAAGGAGUAGUUCAAUUAUUGUUACAAAAUAGUUUGAUACUGUUAAAAUGACUCUCUAAAAAUGUACCUGAGCACUUGCUUCAAAAUGUUUUUAAUGACUUUCCAUUUUCUCUUUGAUUUAGCCAUCAAUGCAAGUACAUUUCAUAUAAUCAAGCUGUGAGAGUCUUGCAAAUAAGUGUCUUAUGGAAAUUGAGCUUCGGGUGCCAAGGUUUUAAAAUAUCUAUACAUCUUGUGCACUGACAUAUGCUAUGUAGAUGACAUAUGUGUAGUUUUGAAAGGCACACAUACCUAGUAUUGUACUAGCUAUCAGAAAAGUCUGCAAUCUAGCUCACAGUGUGCAUGCCUUGCAUAGCUUUCUUAAUUCACUAUUGUACCAAAUAUCAUGUUGUUAAAUGAAUAUAUGGUUGCAAUAACAUGUUUCUUUCCAAACUGCCUACACAUGUGAGACCACACAUAGCGAAUUGCACUGGUAAGAUUCAUGGAGUUAGCUGUAACCACUGCAAAGCUUCAGGAUUUCUAUUGUAUUAAAAAAAAAAAGUUUACUGUUAUAAGUAGAUGUUAUGUGUGAAUGUUUAUGAAUGUAUUCUAUUUUUAAACCAAAAAUUGUUGUACUUUUUGGUCAAGCCUAGAUUGAUUUAGAUAAGAAUAAUGACAAGCCACUGAAAGGCAUGGAAGGAAGGCAGUACCCUAAUUCUCUUUGAAUGAGAUCACAGUCAUUGCUGCACAUCUGCCACAUUCCUGUAUAUAGGGGGAAACACAGGGAGUUCUGAAAUCAAGUUACUCAAAAAUCUAGAACCACUGGAAAAUAAUCCUACAAACAGGCGCACUUACAAUGAUUGUGUAUAGCACUGCAAACAUAUAGUCAUGGGUGCUUAUAUCCUUGCCAAUGCGAUACAAUUAAACUCUGACUUGGGUGCAUGGACCAGUAUAUGAAACCAAAGGACUGAGUGCAUUUGCAUAGAAAACGCUGCAGUAUAAACCCAUGUGCCUACAUGCAUAAUUAUAUGGUACGUGAAACAGUAUGUGAAACGUGUUUAAUUUUAUUAUUAACUUUCUCAGUAAUGGCAAAUCUGUAAUAACUUACCAGUAUCAUUCAAAACAAGUUUCCAUUCACUCUAUUCCUACGAAGCCAAGACAAUACCCAUUUCCGGACUCAAAGCGUGUAACCGAAGGGGAAACGAAUGGGAUAUUAAGUACUGCCUGCAUUAUUUGUUUGCUGCCUUUUUCUGUUUACCACUGUUUGUCAAACACGACCCAAUGUUAAUGGUAUUUUUACUUGCUAUAAUACCUGCAUACUUAAAAGCUGCAUGCUAGUAUAUACUGCAUUAUUGACCAUUAUUUGAAUAGUUCAGUUAUUUAUUGGCAGUAUUUAGUUCAAUGUUGGAAAUCUAUUGUCUGUAUAUUCAGAAAAUAUCUAUCAAUUAUGUGGUUGUUUAUUUGUGUGCGUCUAUAUAUAUAAACAAACAAAAAAUAAAUCAGCAUCUGGGGGUACCGUAUUGCUGAAUUGAAUGGCACACCAACAUGACGUGAUAAUCCUCAACCCCAAAACGUUUUGGUCAGCUGUUUGUUACAUCAUCUUACAUAUGUAACCAUUGUUGACAUGUGUGAGGUCACAUAGUAUUAGGAGUUACUGCGCCCCCAGCUCGGGAAUGUGUUUACCACAGAAUCCACUUCCCUUUGGUCUAGUGAAUUCAUUUCCAGUUUUGUUUCUGUACAUUAGGAACUAUUCCAAACUCGGUUUAUGUGGCACUAUGGUAAAUAAAGACCAUUUAUUAUUUAUUUAAAAACAAACAAAACUGGAUUAAUGGUACAUUUCUUUUUUUAAUUUUCACCAGGGAUUCAAUUUAGUUCCCAUUAGCACAUCCAUAUCAAAAAGGAAGGCCAAAAUUGUUAGACAAUCUAUGUGCAAUAUUUUAAGUGCCCUUGGAGCAAGACGUUAUUAUACAUGCUAUGUAUUUAUCCAUGUCUGUUUUAUUCAAUAUAUUUUUUGUGAUAUUUUAAAGUUCCAGUAAUAGCAGUGCAAUAUCGUAACUCCUGUGACUGCAAUUGUAUUUUAAAUGAUAUGAAGUAAUCAAUAAAUAACAGUGUGUUGCUAGUUCAUUCUAGUUUACACUUUAAACACAUUACGCUGUUGCUGCUUUGAAAUUGAAGCAUGCGAUCAGUUGGCUACCAGUUUCUGAGGUUUUCCAGUGGACUUUUCCAGUGGACUGCUCAGUGCUUACCCCUGGCAUAUCCUUGUCGCCAGCAACACCCCACAGGGCAUCACAGGGGUUAUCAUUCAUGGAUUAAUUUACUGUUCAAGCAUUCAGUGUGAAAUUGUGUGGCAGUUCAUAUGUAAUCAUGUUGUAAUUAACAGAACUUAAAAAGUGUUCCCAUUGUUGUUUGUUGCUUUAACAAUAUAUGUUAGAUUUCCAUUGCUCAAAAUGUAAACAGGUACUUGCCACAAUUAUAAACAACGUUAUGAAAACAUGCCAAGUAUUUUCAAUGACCAGAACGUGCAUUGGAGUUAUUGUUCAUAUAGAAAGAGUAUUUAGUUUACUAUCUGGUCCUGAACUCUUGAUUGUAUUAUGUUGAGCCUUACUGUGCUUUUAUUGAAUAUUAUUGAACGUCUCAUUCAGGUUCACUCUACUGAUUUACCAGUGUUCAACAUUGUCAGAAGAUUGAGAUGCAUCCAAUUACUGAUUUGUUAUCAUUUACAGUUUAUUAAUUUAGAGUUAUAGAAACGUGUUAUAAAGUGAUGGUGGAAUAAUUACAUGGCUCACAUAAUUAUUUUUAAUGUUGUUUUUAUCAAACUUAUCCAGAUUUAAUAUGAGGUGUUUUAGAAAGUUGUUCCCAAAGGAAAGUCUCAUGAUUGCACAGACCUACUGAUAAUCAAGUGCAAUAUGAUUUAAUCAGAUGUGUUUGUCUGCCACUCUCUAUUCCCUUAUUGCUUCACAAUAGGUCGUAUUUUCCUUCUGUAUACACCAGUGUAAAGUUGGUCUCAUUUUCUUAAUGCUAUAACACUAAUAAAUGAAGCCAAAUCGUU